CAUGUAUCGGCUUCCGGAGACCAACAUUGUGAUCGUGUACUAUUCAAGGAACGCUAUUUAACAAAACACUUUAAACUAUGGCCAUUUUAAUCGCUAUGGCGCUUCGGAAAAGUCAAUUCUGCUGACAAAAUUUGCAUUUAGAGUUAUCAUUUUGGCCACCUGUGCCCGCCGGUGAUGCUUUAAUGCGUUAAUCAGUAGUAAGAACGCACCAACUCUUUAGAUGAACACCUCGACUAAACUCGAUUUGAUGGUUAAAGGGGGUAAGUUUCUAAAAAAUAUUGUGGUGCUGCGUCGGUGGGCGGCAUAAGAAGGUACAUUUGUAGUUAUCAAUUUGGCAGGUAAUGUAAAUCGGCCACCAAAGCUGAUGUUUCGAGCAUUAGCCCUUCAUCGUGAUCAGAGCGAAUGAUUUAAAGAGGCUCUAUGGGGUAUUUUUUCAAUAUUGGCGCGCGCGCCAGCGCAAUGUUUUUCGAAAAAAAAUUUAUGUUUUUGCUUUUCAAGGUCACUAAAAGCUAUCAAAAGGGGAUCAGCAAGGUUCGGACUAUCGUUUACUGUAGUAAAUAUUAUCAAAAUGAUUUUCGUGACUAAGCCAGGGCUCCACGAAUGGAGGCGCCCGCCAGUAAUAAUUUGGCUCUACCUUUGAUUUAUUUCAAUUUUCUUCCGCGAAAUCUCUCAAAAUUUUCACAAUUUGAGAAAUUUUUUCCCGCCGAUCAUUUAAAGGCUGAAAAAAUAGGGGGUUACGAAAGUAGUUUCCUCGCUAUUUGCAAUUUUGAGUUUUCUUCCUCUAUCUCAAAUUUGGUCCCAUGAAUUUUUCUUAUCAGCAGGCACUAGGAAGGGCAAAAAUAUGUUUAACGGUCCAGCAAAUCUUAGGAAAUUAAAUUGAAGGUAAAGCAAUAAAUCCUACUCGAAGGAGCACUAUUUUCUCAGCACGUAUUUCUUUUCAAGCAGCUGUUUGCUUUAGAUAUGUAGAAUACCUGCCUUCGCAAGAACUCACUAUUCUUGCACACCUCGACUAAAAUCGAUUUUAAUGAUUAAAGAGAUAAGUUUCUUUAAAAAAUUGUGGUGCUGCGUUGGUGGGUGGUAUAAGAAUGCACAUUUGGUAUUAUCAACUGGGAAGGUAAUGUAAAUAGACCAAAAUAAAGCUGACGUUUCGAGCGUUAGCCCUUCAUCGUGAUCAGAGCGAAUGAUUUAAGCUCGAUUUAAGCUUAUUUAGAAAUUUCUGGUGAUAAUUAUAUUUCAAAUUAUAAAAUGCCACGCAGUUUUAACGCAAGAAGUUUUGAAAACGUAACACGAAAGACUUGCAGCUGUAUAAAUGAAUUACCAUAUUACGAUAUUCACACAGCCAUGCCAAGGUCUUAGUUGUAAACAAAUUCAGAAGGCAUAAGAAUCUCGACAGUUAGCGGCUGAGGAAGAAUAAUAUUUCGUAUCAUUUUGUUUGUAUGACUGUAAAACGUACCUUUUGAGGCCUAUGAAAGUUAUGAAUUCUGGUAAAAAUUCAACUUAAAUUGAAAACAGGUCAUCGCUGGAAUUAAGCUAUCGCUUCUUGAGGUAAUCUCUUAUUAGAUUACAUAUCUCGUAACAUAUUCAUCACACAUGAAAUGAACUGGACUGUAAGUUAAAAUAUACGCGUGUUCAAUAGCUGACAUGUAUCGGCUUCAGGAGACCAACAUUGUGACCGUGUACUAUUCAACUAACGCCAUUGAAUAGAACACCCCAAGCUGUGGCCAUUUUAGUCGCUUUAGCGUGUUGGAAAAAAAGUUCUGCUAACAAAAUUUGCAUUUAGGGUUACCAUUUUGGCCACCUGCACCCGACGGCUUUAAUAUGUUUGUUUAUUUGUGUUUGUGAUCUACAUUGAAACUGACAAAAAAAGAUUCGCAUAAAUAUAUGUUAUUUGCCGGCUGGGAGGUCCUUAUGGUGAAAAACGGUGACCGAGGUCACAGUAGGCCGAAGGCAGCAUUUUCAAGACUGAAUUCACAGUUUUUUACGAUACAGACCGACCCUUAACCGGGGUAACACACAUAUAUAUAUAUAUAUUUUUUUAACUUAACAACAUUCUCUCCUAAAGAACCCGAUUGAUUUAGGGCUGUAAUUACGGCAAGAUCUUCCAUAAACUGAACAAUUUUUGAGCGAGUAAAUGGUAGUUAAAAUAAAGGUGAGGCAAAUUAAAGGGAGAUGCUUCACCGAAACAUUUUUAUUUUCAUAAUGAUAAGGAUGAUUUAAAAGGAGUUUGACUAAUGGUCGUGGGUCGUGGGUACAAGUCGUGGGUCGUGGGUGUGGGUACAAGUCGUGUCGGUAAUAAUUAACAAUUAGUGGUUAAUAGUUCAUAUUAAAUAACAAUAGUGUUAAUAGUACUACCAUUAAAAAUUAAUUCUUAUUAACUGUAGAUUUUCUGGCGGGAAUAAAUUGGUUAAAUUAAUUAUGUACUACUGAUAUGUAAGUGAAUCAAUGAAAUAGUAGUCUCACCGAGCUGAUGUGAUAUUAUUGGAAUAAACAAUAAUAUUUUACAAUUGGCAGGGGCCUGUUACUGGCUCCUUACAGUUGGGGAAGGGUUGUUUAAUUUGUAUACAUUAUGUCAUGUUAAUUAUGUCAACUUAGACCAUAAUUGAGAAUGGUAAGGGGUGGGGGGUCCUAGAUCACUUUUCACGAAAACUAAAAUUGCCAUUCACGUUUCACGCAAUAUGAAACAAAGGUAAAAGGUGUUAAAUUGCCUGAUAAAAUUGGGGCCCAGAAUGAUGAUCAGCUAGUCAUAUUCAUGUUUCUACUCGCAGUCUUGUUUUGAGACGCUUACCGGAUAAUUUUCUUAAAGGAAGAGAAACAAUAACGGUCCAGGUCACGUUUCGCGAGAAAAAAAAAAACAGUAUUAUCCCGAUUUCCAUGAAAAAAAGGCGAUUCACCGUUCACGGCUAUAUAACCAAAAUACGUUUCACGAGAAAAAAACUGUUCUCUCUAUUACUAUUACCGAAACGAAUUGUACCCACACCCACACUCACGACCCACGACUUGGACCCAAGACUAUUAGUCUAACUCUUUUUAGGGCGGCUCGUCAACCAAUGUAAUGACACUAUUGCAUAUACAAAUUCAUUCAUUAAUGUAAGGCGUUCAUUAUUUCCCUUCUUGAUUCUCUGAGUACUGAACCUAGUGACUAAUGAAUGAUUUCUGGUCACCAAAGGCUAAAUUGGAAAAAAAAAAAAAAAAAGGAUAAAACUUAGUUUGGAGCUCUAUAGAAUAUACUUCGAGUGGUAUCGAACUGAUUCACAGAUUUUAACUAAGAUCGAUGGGGAAAAGUGAAUCUCUAUUUUCAGGGUAUUGCUGUGAUACUGAGUAUGCGUCGCUAUUUAUAAUCAGUUUAUUUAUUUUUCUUUUUCGUUCGCGUUAAACUGUUUUGCGCUGUGUACCCAAUGAACAAUCUUAAUAUUAGAAUUGAACAUUCUUUUUCAAUCUGCAGUUCUGAGUUGUAUGGUGCAAGUUGAUAUAUGCAAUAUGAACAGAAUAUUUCUUCAAACGAUAACAGGUAAAUCUAUCUUUCAUUAAUGUAUUAAAGAGAAAUAAACGUAUUGUGAAUGUUUAUAUAUAUAAAUUUUUUAUAUAUAUGCGAGGCAGUAUGCAUUCGUUUAAGAAAUAUUUUAUGAUACAUUUUUGUAGUGUUCUUCUUUUUCCAUAUACCUCGACAGAUUUGCCGGUUCCUGAAAUUUAUUUAAUUUUAAGGUUGUCAAAUGUCAAUUAGCUUAAAAUUACCUGUAAAUUGCUGUUACAGAAUUUUUCUCAUGAACAGAUUUUCUCAUUUGUUUUCUAAGUGUUUCUAGGAAUGGAUGUUGGCCUUGUUGGUAAGACACUUUUUAUUCUUAAUAUCUAAAUUAUAAAUUCCUUCUAGAUUUUUAGCAAAAAUUGAGCUUAAUGGCAUGGCAACCAUAAAAAUUAAAAGUUCUUUGUCUAAUGAGGGCUUUUCUGUUUACCAUUUAUGACAUUGUCCUGUGACUAGUAAUUGUUUCACUACUUUUGUCUGUGUUCAUAGAAUCCUUGUUCUGUGAUGGAAAUUACACAAGUUCGAAUGGUACAGUAUCCUCACCAUCAUUCUCAAGUCGUUCAACUUAUAAAAACUCGUUGGAUUGCACAUAUGACAUUGAAGUUGGAGGUGAAUAUGGCAUAAAACUAUUGUGGUCAGCAUUUGAUGUCAGGGGUGAAAUGCCGAACUGUUUUGAAGAUUCUGUGGAGAUAUUCCUUGGAUGUGUGUCCAGACAUUCAAUUGGCAAAUACUGCUCUGAAAAUGGAUACAAGCCAUUUGAUGUUUACUCAUCUGAGAACUGCUUGCGCUUAGUUUUCAAGACAGAUACCUCUGGUGGAGGCAAAGGAUUUCAAGCGUCUUACUCAUCAUUCCUUUUAAAUGGUAAUGUUACUUAAUUAAUAAACAAUUUAUGCAAAACAAUUUGCAUUGAGGAGGACACAGUACUUGACAACCGAAACUGUGGUAAUGGGUGAGUACUCAGUGAUAAUCAUGGAAAACCUGGAAAGUCUUGUAAUGAGACUAAAUAUCAUUUUUCAGGCUUGGUGAUUUACGAAAUUUUAGUGGGGUUCAUGUAAAGUCAUGGUAACUACUGAAUGUUUUAAUUAAAAAAUUACCAUUACAAUUUUUUUUUUCCACUUUGGAACCAUCUUCUGGGAGUAAUAGCUCUUCGGAAAAAAUUCAAAAUGGUAGUUUUAAAUAACACUGACAGGAUAAAUAAGCAAAAUAAACAAAUUAUUAAAAAUAAUUCCAUUAUAAAAACUAAAUUAUGCCAUAACUGUGAAUUGCCAUCACAUGUUUUACUUGAUCUGAAGUUGAAGAAUGAACAUGACAACAGCAAAAAUGGCUCUAGUUUUGUAUGCAACACUCAUGUUAUUAUGGGCAAGGGAUUGAUCCUGUCGCUGUGAAGAUGGUCUGAAUUUCACUAUUUGGCAGACAACAAUAGUUACAGUUUUUUUAAAUUAAAAUUUAUGCAUCAAACAGUCUUGAUUAAUAAUCAUGUAUCUCGUCUCUAAUAAUUGAUGGCAUUCUUUGCCUUAACGAAUACCAUACAUGUAUGUAAUGCUCUAUAAUAUGUAUAUCAUAUGGUUUUAUUGAUGUUCAUGUAUUUAAAUAUGUUAAGUACAAACUGCAUUAACUGACAUACCACUGUUUUAUGAGAUUCACAGGUCGUCAAAGUGGUGUAGGAGGUAUGCAAUCAAAGCUGUCAAAAAAAUAAUAAACAGUUCUGUUUGCAUUUAUUUCACUGUGUGCAUGCUACACGAACUCUAUUAAUCACCUGGUUUUAUUUAUUUAUCAAUAUAUGCGUGAUCUCUACAUUAUGAUUUACUGGUACUUGUGAGUAAUGCUCUUGAUAACAAGACUUACGUAUGAAAAUUAAGGGUCUAUUGUUUUAUUUUUAUUUUACCUAAGAUAGCUCCAUUUCAUCCUAGUUUUAUUGAGUGCCUUAAAGCAAACCACAUAUAGUUAGUAGGUCAUCUGCUCAAAAAAAGUAUAUAUAUAUAUAUAUAUAUAUAUAUAUAUAUGUAUAUAUUUAUCACUGUAUACACCUACAAAUACAGAGACAGGUUUUUCUUGGGUUGUUUUUUUGUGUUGUACCAUAAGUUUAGUCUUUUUUUCCUAAAAGAGACGCUGGCUCAGAGGUGAUUACCAAUAACUAUUUAGAGAGGGGCUGUGGAGCAGCUAAAUGUCAUGGCCUUUGCCUGUGAUAUAAUUGUUAGACUGCAAUUACAUGUAUCAACAACAACUGCAAAUUAAUCAUCUUAAAAAUAGUCAAGUGCUGCGUUUUUAGCGUGAGCUAAUACAAACAGUCCCAGUAUAACAUCACUAGAAUGAUAGUUAUAGAGUUUGAUUUGUAAUAUUUUUUGUCUCUUUUCUGAAAAAGGGGAAUGUUCCUCAACAAAGACCCUCACUGCAACAUCUGGUGUGAUUAGCUCUCCAAAUUGGCCCCAGGACUAUCCCAACUACAGAGACUGUUACUGGAAUAUUGAGGUUGGAAACAAGAGGAGCAUUAAAAUAGCUUUCAUGGACUUUCAUUUGGAAUAUGAUUUCUUAUGUGACGAUGACAAACUCAAAGUUAAAUGUGGGAGGAAUUUCAGGGCUCUUGAAUAACGAUCCAAUUAACAAACAGAUUCAAUGUUGAUGUGAGUCUUUGCUACAGUAGUAGAUCAUAGAAGACAUCAAAAUGUGUUAAGAACGAAAAAGUAGCAGGAGAGGUGCAGCAAAGUGUGUCAUUGAUUUUCUGAACACAUUUUGAUGUCUUUUGUGAUCUUUUAUUGUGCAGGCCCCCCGCAACAUAGAAUCUAUUUGUUUUAUAAUUAAAAGACAAAACAUUGCCAAUGGUGACACUGUCUUUGUGUUUGUUCUCCAAUAGUUCAUGAGUAAGAACCAAUCAAAAUGUAUGUUUAAUUCAGCUUAUUAUGUAAUUUUAAUUGUUAUUUCAAUGCAGUGCCACAGUCAGGAAGUCAUACAACUUGUAUACUUGUAUGCCUCUGAUUCUUUUAAUUGAACACAUCAGAAUGAGUCCUCAGCACUUAACAUUUGUAACCUAACUCACUAGAUAUUGUUGUUUCCGCAUGUUUUAAAAACCCAAACUACAUAUUUAAGAGAACAUGUUUUCACAAGUGUAUCUUAUGUAAUAACCUCCAAUAUAUUUCAUGGAAAAUAAGGAAAAAGAUCAGAGGAAAACAUAUGGGUUAAAGUAAAUUGUUGUAGCCAUUGAUUAACUGUCAUGGAGGUCAGAAUUAACUGAAAUAGGGGCAGUAAAAUUUUAAUUUUUCUCAAAUUGUAUUAUGAUUUUUUCCUUUAAGACGGAGAUGAUCAUGAAUCGUAUGACAAGUCUGACACCCUCAAAGAGUCGAACUGUGGUGAACAAGACCCAUUUUACUUAAUGUCAUCAAAGGAGAGAAUUUGGAUCAGAUUCAAGUCAGACAGGUUCACUAACCACUGUGGGUUUGUUGCAGGCUACGUCAUGUAUGAUAAAAGUUAGUACUGCGCAAAUAGUCCUUGAAGGCUCUAAAAUAUUUCCUGAAUUGUUUGCUCUUUUUUACAAAUACAUUCAACUUUACGACAUUUUAUUGAUAGUACAGUUGAAAAGUAAUGUCGGCCAGGAAGUAAUCCUCUCAUUCAGGCUUCUCAAGAGGCUGAUCAGUUUUGGAAAAAAAGGAACAGCAAUUUCCAAGCAGUAAUUAUGUUGUUGACCAUCGCUGUGCACUCGAAUAUAAAGUUUUAAUACUUGCUAUAACAAACUAAGAGUAGUGCUAGUACAUGGUUCGCACGGGCCUGGAAUACUCCUUCAAAAAUGCUAGGCCCUUGAAAACUCCUUGCAAAAGAUUUUCUCCUUGAAAACUCCUUGAAUUUGAAGAAGCAGUGCUUGAAUUUUAUGAAAAAGUCCUUGAAUACCUAAGAAUACAGCAAAAUAAGUUCAUUUUGGCAUUAAAAAGGUUGAAGAGAUUGCGUUAGCAUCUAACAUCAGUUGAGAAACUCAUUUAUCAUCUCAAAAACGGCGAAGCUUUUUAUAGAAGGACAAAUCAGUGUUUCUUAUUCAAAUCAUCUAAGUAACCGCGCAUUCAGUGGGGUUUCUCAGCUUUGUUGUGCCGCCCCCCCUCUAAGCAAUUGAAACCAUGAGGGAAAUGUUGCUCAAAGUGUGAAAUUUAUUCGAUUCUGGUCCUGUUUAUUGUGUCUUAAAUGAAUUCAAAAGGUCAACUAUUACAAUCGGAAUUUGGAACUUAAUUCCAAGUACAAAGGCUGUUCGACUGCUUUUAAAGCUGACAGGAAAAAGGCCUUAUGCAAAUGUUGCGAUCGAAUGGUCGACAUUUCAAACAUGGGAGAGUCUGCGUUGAAAUUUCACAUGAAAAGUGAAGGGCACAAAAACAACAGUAGAAUUGAAGGUGAACAGCCAAUGACACUAUCCUCAUUCGGCUUUGUACCAUGUGGAAAUGGAAUUUUAGCUGAAGCAGGAAAAGCAGAAGCAUCGCAAUCACAACAACAAGUUGUAAUGACAAUCUCUCUGCUGCCUCAAGACGAUGCAACUCCAGGAUCACAACCAUCUAUGAAAGGACAUGUGUCUAAGGAUAAUGUGCUUAAAGCCGUAACACUCUGGAUACUGGAACUUAUUAUAAGUCACUAUUCAUUUAACUCGUCCAAGGACACUUCUCAACUCUUUUCAGCAAUGUUCCCUGACAGUCAAAUUGCUAGGAAAUUUGCUUGUGGAGAGCAAAAAGCAAGGUAUUGUUGUGUAUUUGGUCUGGCUGAACACUUCAAAAAGCUGCUCCAAGACAGCUUCAGUAGACCUUUUGUUGUAUUGUUUGAUGAAAGACUGAACACAAAAAUGCAGGAGAAGCAAAUGGAUGCCCAUGUGAGGUUCUGGAAUGAUCAAACCAACUAAGUCACAACAAAAUAUUUCAACAGUGAAUUUCUUGGUGAGUGUUGAGUCUUUAAUUAUGGACUAGGUAAAAUAUUGUUUCUUCUUUUACCUUGUACGCUGAUGUUUAGGUGCUUAUGAAGGAGCUGAUGACAAAUUUUAUCGUUUACUGUUAAUGUAGGCCAUGGUACUGCUGUGUGUGCUGUGCGUGUGUACUGCUGACAGCUUAAUGGAUCAUUUCACCAAAAGUGUGUUAGUGGUUUGCAAGCUAAGAACAUCAUACAGGUCAGCACGGAUGGUCCAAGUGUUAACUGGAAGUUUUAUGGAGAAUUAAAGAAGAAAGUUAACACUGACUAUGGUACCACUCUCGUAAACAAUAGGUCUUGUGGUGUGCAUAUAGUGCACAACAGUUUUAAAAGAGGCAUGGAUGGUACUGGAUGGCAAGUGUCUUCGUUUUUUUCCAGUUUGUACUAUCUCUUUAAGGAUGCUCCUGCCAGAAGAGAAGACUUCAUCUCCAUAUCUGGCAGCCCUUUGAUGCCAUUGAAAUUUGUCUCCUAUAGAUGGCUUGAGAAUGUACCAGUUUGCCAAAGAGCGCUGAUGCUUUGGGACAAUGUAGCUGAUUAUGUUAAAGCUACAGAAGAUUGAAGGGUAAACUGGCCCCAAAACAAAUCAUAUGAAGUUGUCAAGGAGACCCAUGAGACCCAUGCUUUGUAGCUAGGUACACUUCUUUAAGUGCAUUGCAAAUCAACUGCAGCUAUUUCUUGCAAAGUAUCAAACAAGGAAACCUACGCUACCAUUUGUCAGUGAUGAUCUAGGUAUGAUCAUUAGGUCUCUGAUGAGGAGAUUUAUUAAAAGUGACAUACUUCAAGAUGCUAGUGAUGAACAACUAGUGAAGGUCAAAGUUGCUGACCAGAAGAUUCAUGUGAAUAACAAGAGAAUUGAUGUUGGAUUUGCUAGUGAAAAGUUGAAAGGCAUUGGUAAUUGCAAACCAAGUGAGAGGCAGGUUAUGGAGUUUAGGAUGGAAAGAAAAACUUUUUUCAUUCAAGUCUUGGAUAAGAUGUAGGAAAAGAGUCCAGCGUCCUACUCCCUUGUUCAGCAUUUGUCAUGUCUAAAUCCAGUCAAAAUUGCCUCAAACAAGGAAGCUUGUUCAGCAAAAUUCAAGAAAGUCCUGAGAUUGCUAGUUAAUGCUAAAAGAGUUAAAGAGGAAGAAUGUGACACUAUCCUGCAACAGUUUGCUAUGUUCUUGGACAGCAUUCCAGUUUUUGGGUCAGAAAGAUUUGCUAACUUCCAAUCAGCGGAAGACAGAUUGGAUACUCUCUUCUUUGAAUGUAUGGCAAACGAGAGCUACAAGAGUCUUUUCAGUGUUGUAAAACUUAUCCUAAUUUUGUCACAUGGUCAGGCAACAGUUGAGAGAGGUUUGAGUGUCAACAAAAAGGUAUAAGUUGAGAAUUUGAAGGAACAUACUCUAGUGGCUCAAAGGAUUGUUUGUGACCGUGUGAACAGUGUGGGAGGAGUAUUGGAGACUGAACUGAGCAAGCCCUUGCUGCUGUUAGUCAAGAUGUCAAGACAACGGUACGAGAAAUACCUUGAUCAAGAAAGGCAGAAGAAAAACUGAAUCGGAACGGUAAAAAAGUGUGUGCUGGAAGAGAUUGAUGAAGUCAAAAAGAAAAAGAAGAGAAUUGAUGCUGAGAUUAAGAUUGUAUGAAGCAUGUAGUACCGGUGUGUUAUUUUGGAUGGAGUUAGAACUAUUUUUCCCUUCCGGAAGAUAAGCCACCAUUGUUAAAGGGCAUGUAAACCCAAAAAUACAUGCUUUUCUUAUACUAUGUAAAAAGUGGCGUAGAAAACGAAUUUGAAAUUAGUUUUGUCCAAUUCGACUUAUUUUAGGAGAAAAUCGGCAUUUUCAACUGAAAUUCCAUUUCCGGUAAAAACAAUAGCGAGAAGUCGUGACGUAAGCGGUGGAACCAAAAUAUUGCGCAACACAUAUUCCCCAGUAGAACUGGUGCGGGAGUUCGUGUAAGUAGCGGUAGUUCGGAAGAUGUUUUUUCAGAAGAUAGCGACUCGAAUGCCUUAAGCUUAGUACAUGACAGCGCUGGGGAUAAUCCAGAAUCUUCAGGAGAGUCUGGGCCACGUCCUUAACAAUAUGAGCCGCGUAAGGUUCACCGAAGCGAUCCGCACGAAGAUAGUACAGAACAUGUCGACAGCGAUGCGACCGUCUCGGAAACUCAGACUGGUAUUUAAUUUACUUUGUGAUUUAUUUGUACUUAACAUGAAAAUGCAAUAAAGCGAGGGUACAAUCUAAAGGAAGGCAACAGAAUUUUUUUUAACUUGAGGUUCUGAAAUUGUUUUAUAUAAAAUUAUCAAAGGUGCGAGUGUGGAACUUGUCAACCAAUGCCGACAACUCAUGAAAGUGUUUGUUGUAAGGAAAUCGGGCAAUUGUGGCAAAAUGGCCUGAAACCCAGAUAAGUUGUAUCACUGAGCAUCCAGGUUUUCAGUCAAUUUGCCUCGAUUUCUGGGUGCUGGAGACGGCCAAGUACGUGUACAGGCAGCAGCAAAGCACAGAUAAUCACACCGGAAACGACUAAGCUAAAUAUUUUCUGUUUCAUCUGUUUUGUUACAUUUUGAGAUCGAUUUACUUGAGUUGUUUCUGCCAUUAAUUUAAUAAUACAGUACUAGAGCUAGUUGUUUUUCACUUCUUUCCUGGCAGGAAAUUUGGCUAAAUUGCCUACAGAUAGCUUGUUCGUUGGUGUUGGGGAUACCUCGGCAAACACUUUAGGGUCGCUGUGCUAUCUUGUGCGGUAAACAAUAUCCUUCAUCUCACAAGCAUUUCCAUCGAUAAACAAGUUGUAUCAUGUACAUUUACUUGUGUGGCCUUCAUAAUUAUCCAACCCUGUUUGUGUUUGCUUCGAUUUGAAAUAUUGAAAAGAUAGUUUUGCAUGCUGAAAUCAGGAUCUUUUAAGUUGUACUCAAAAUGAUGAAUAUUGUCCUACUGACCUUUGAAUGUAUUUUCACUGCUGUGAAAACCGUGACACAAAUUCUUCUGCUGUUUCUCUGCAGGAUUUCUCAAAGGAAGCACCAAGUGGGGCUGGCUUGGAUUUUCUUAUAGAACAUAAGGGUUGAUUAUGGGAUCCUGUAUAGAAUUCUUUGUAUCGAACCGACAAAAUUCCAGAUUACGUUAUUACACACUGAUAUCAACGAAUUCUCUUUCUUUGAUACGUGUUUCGAAUUCAGGCAAAGGUUCAGACAUGUCAGUGUCUUUUACGGGCUCAGCGCUGGCUCCCAAACAACUGGCUUCCCCAUAAUAUUUCAUUAGAUGAGAAAAAAGAUGUUUUUAGAGAACCAAUAAAGCUAUUGUUGUUUAAUUAACGAAACGUUUUCAUGUAAAUCGAUUUUGUACUUUCUCCGUUGACCUCUAACUUUUGAAGAGCUCAACUUCUUUCUCAGUUCGGUCGGCCACUUCCGAAUCCUCGUCGUCUGCCGACUGUAUGGGUCGUUUUUAUACUUCCGAAUAAUUUGCUUCUGGUGAGGCCUGAAUCGUCGGUACAGCACCAGGAAGAAAAAUGACUGCUACAAACAACAGAACGUUCGAACGGCUCGACGAAAUCGGCUAUUUUCACUUGAACAAAUUUCACAAAUUGUCGCUUCAAAUUUGCGUCAUUUGGGAAUAUUUGCAUUGUAUGCCCAGUUUUGUUUGAAUCAGUGCAAAACUGGACGACACAAUGCUUCACCAUUACGAAAAAAAUCGAAUAUACUGAAGCAAACUGUAAGUAAAAAAAUCAUGACGAGACCAGCAAACAACGGCUGUAGAAAAGACUCCUUCGUGCCUCACGCGAUUAUAAAACGAGACUUUGGAGGGUCCACCCGUGACGUCACAGGAAAGAUGGCGCCAUUUACGAAUGUUUCGAAUUUGGAAGAGCUUUUACAAAGUGAAAAUGGACUUUUGAGAAUAAACGAAUGGUACCUUUGGUGUACUUGAUAUAUUUACUAAACAUCUAUGUGAAAAGAAAAUGAACGUUUUUGGGGUUUACAUGCCCUUUAAGACCGAAACAUCAAAUGAUAGACAUAAACCAAUCAGAUAUUUCGGGAAACAAUCGGAGGAUUGAUAUUACUGUGUGGUUUCAAAUCUGAAGCCCUGCGUUCUUUUAUUCGACUUUUCCUACGAUGGUGUACUCAUGAUGUAGGAUAAUGAAACAUGUUUUUGGGUUACAGGUGUUUAAAGCUUUGAUUGAGAAUAAUUCUAACUGGCUGUGGUGUUGCUAUUUUGACCUUUCGGACUUCUUUAGGAGAUCCUUUAUUCUUCUUUCCACAGCUCGGCAAGUAAGAAAGUAUAUUUUUUAUUUUAUUGAACAGCCUCCGUUAGCGCUAAAACUGUUGGCAUUGUGACUGGCGUCUUGGUGGCAGUUGUUGUUCUGAUUACCAUUGGUUUCUUCGUCUUCUACAAAUAUGUUCACCAAAAGAGAGUCAGGGCACGGGCGCCACAACAGAUGGCUGUGGCACAUACUACUGCCCAACCUCAGCAAGUGGCCAUGUACCCUCCUUUUGCAGAGCCUCAGCAAGGUUACGCACCACCCCCCUACAAUCAAGGGGCGGCAGCUACUUACCCCCACAAGGUAAGUUGAUUGAAACUGUUGGUCAUCUCAUUGUCAAGGUCCAACAGAGGUAGUCAAAGUCUAGAUUGGGGAUAAAGGAUGGUUCAGGGUUGAGAGUCCUUGCUUUCCACCUCUGUGGUACAGGUUCAGUUCUUGAACCUAGGACGAAACGUAGGUUGAGUUUGUUAUUAGUUCUCGUCAUUUCUGGGGGAGGGGAGGGGGGGGCAGUGGGGUCCUCUCUCCCAGCUUUCUGUUUUUCCCUCCUCCACGAGAAACCAACACUACAAAUCCCAGGAGGGAUCUGUGAAACAAUGCAUAAAUAGGUACCCUAUGGAAGCGUCAUUUCUUGAAUCCAAUUUAUUUAUCUAUCAUUUUUAAAUUUUUUUUAAAAUUUAGAACUGAAAAAAGUCCAAUUGAGAGAACACCUGAUUUCCCUACCUAGAACCUGUCCGAUAUUGAAUUGUCCAUUCCAAAGGCUACAAUUGAGUAGGACUACCAACACUGUAAAAGAAGGCAGAGUUGUUACAUGAACUGAAAGUACAAUCAAUAAGUACAGUGAAUUAAUUUCAUGUCUAAGUAAAUAUUUAAAAGCUUCCGAGAAUCUUUGAAAGGGAUGUAUAUGCAGAACUUCUCUGCGCUGUAGAUGAUACACAUCGUUCUUGGAGAGUUGGGACCUUGAAACCGAACUUUAUGCUUGAAUUGCAGAAAAAUCUGGGGCAUACCCUCCUUCAAGACAACCGUACCCACUUGAACCCCUCGGGGAUGAGCAGCAUACCUCCCUGGACAACCGGGCGGAGCACUUCCUUACCCCACUGGACAACCAGGUGGGGUGCCACCUUACCCUCCACAGUAAUCAGCGCGUCAAGUAAGUGUAUCCCACUCUUUGGAGAGGGUUUUUUUUUUUGGUGCAGAAAAUGAAUAAGAGAAAUAGAAUAAUCCCUAUAUUGCGCUUCUUGACAUAAUUACAGGAAUAUUACAGUGUAUGCACCACGCUCGGCUGCAUUAUUUGAAAGAAAUUUACAAAGCUCUAACAACUAUGAACCCACUUUUCCUUUAAUUUAUUCUGUUGCAGUGUGACCAUUGUGAAUAGCUUUUGGAAAUUUUUUUGAAGCUAUUAAUACGAGAAAAGCGAAAGAGAAAGAUCACGAUCGCCAUCUUUUGCAUAAUUUUGUCAUUUUGCCAGUUAAUUUGUGUUAUACAUUGGAAAAUAACUAUAUAAAGUAAGAAGUGUGAAUUGGAAAAAAAAGAAAAGAUCUGGUUUAUAAAAUUAACGGUAACAUUUACGAAUAUAUUAUUAAUAAUGAAUAUGGUAGUAGUGAUUUUGUGAUAAAUUAAACUCCCUGUGUCGGAUAUAGAGCUAAGAGAGAUUAGAUAGAAGGCCCCGGGGGAGAGGUGAGUGGCCAUAGAGUCAGUCGACCUGUGCUAUGAAUAUCAGUUUAAUCAAAACGUUUCAUCCUUUAAACAGCGUGCUUCAAAUAAGGUGUUUCAAAGUCUAUUUACAUUUCUAGUUAAAAUUGGUAGAAGCACAUGUAUUUUCAAAAAAUCCUGUUCUAUUCUGUUCUAUCUUGCUAUUUAUCGUGUAUCUAACUAGCUUUUACUACCCUAGUGUCUUUUGUAGCAAUAAUUUACUUAGAAAAAUGUCGAAAUAUCCUGAAUAAAGGCUAUUCCAACCUGUGAAAGGGCUCUGAACUGUUUAGUCCCUCGUGAAUUCGGCAGAUGUAGAGCGCAUGUACAAGGUAAGGUGAUGCUAAAAACAACCUAACAUGGUGAAUGAUAUUGAAACCGCCCCUGAUUUCGAUCGCAUAGUUCGGCCGGUGAGUAGUCUUACAUUUUUCCAGCCGUUUAUGUCUUGGAACAAUAUUUUGGUUUUAGACCAUCCAAGGACCUUUGGUGUAGCGACUGCUACAAAACAUACUGCAUGAGUGAGGAGAAGCUGAUCAUCUGAUUGGCUGAAUUGUCCACGUAUUUUGAUUCAUUCUUACUACUGAUCUAUUGGAGAACAGAUGACUUCACCGUUAACAACAUUUUGCUUUUUUAUCAUGUAAAACAUGAGAAUAAAGGUAAAGACAAACCGAC